GCCUAAAUGUUUAUGUAAAAUAUGUAAAUACGGUGGCGCGUGUGGUUGCGUAUACGUGCAUAUAAUACGUUUAUAUACAUAUACAUAUAUAUAUAUAUAUAAACGUUAUGUAUGUUAUGUAUGUAAUGGUAUAAAGUAUAAACUGCUUUUUAUCAUCGUCUGUGUGGUAUUUACGUGUGCGUGUGUGUGCUUGUGUGUUUGUUUGCUGUGCGUGCGUGAGAAGGCGCGGGAUCGUCGCGCGUGUGUGUGUGCCUUGUUUGGUUUAAACCUUAAAUCGGAUAGCCUUUCGACUCUUUCGGCGGACUCUGCUGUCGAAAAUUUAUUAAUCGCGCUCGACGACCUAUGGGUUACGAGUGGUAACGGUGGUGAUGGUAGUGGUAGUGCACAUCGACGGGACCCCGUGUGCGAAACGUCCGCGAUGAUAGGCGAUAAUUUUCGCCUGCUCGACUUGUUGCGCGGUGCUCGAUAUGAGAAUUUUUUCGCGAAUGGUGGACCAACCGAACCCUACAAAGAAGGUGCAGGCUCCGCGGUAUUAUUUGGCGAAUAAAAAUUGAGAAAAAUAAGAAUUCAAUUAAUUAAAAAAUUCCUCAACAAUUAAAUAAGUUAAAGUGAUUUUUUUUUUAAUUCUUAAAAAAAAAAAUAUUACUUGUAUGUAUUACAUUAAAAAAAGGAAAAAUGAAUAACAAAGAGUAUACAAACUUUUUUGGUACAAUGGAAACUAAACGUGUGUUGAAAGCUGAUUAUCCUACAGAAAGUUCAUCAUUAGGAGUACCUAUACCAAUAAGGAAGAAUGGAGAUCUUAAUUCGUUACAAGAUUAUGGAUUUGAAUUGUUUGAUACAACUAAUGAUCUUAUUCAAGAUCCUAUGGUAGCUAAUAAUGCAGAUCAAAAUUUUUUCACUAAUAAUGAUACUGGAUGGAUAGGAAGAUCCGAUGAAAUGUCUUUCAUCAAAAUGGAUGAAGACAUUUUUCAGGUGGAUCAAUCCGAUUUGCUUCACGGACCAACAUUAGCUGAAUUAAAUGCCAAUGGUGGUGAAUCUUUAUUAGAAGACCUCAAUUUUGAUGAUCUAUUAUUACCACCUGAUUCAGUAAAAUCUGAAAUACCUGAUACAGUCCCAUUAAUGAGUUCAUACUUGAUAGAUCACGUUGUGAAUACUAGCCCUGUUAACAGACCAAGUUCUUCAAAGUCUGGCUUUCAACUUUCACCAAACAGUUGCAGUUCACGUUCAUCACUUUCUCCAGGUCCAACAAAUUCAAUAACACUUCAAGAACUCUUGAAGAAAGAAACAAAAUCACAGAAGUGUUUAUCUCCUCCUAUAUUCGGAACUAGUGUUCCGGGAUCAGGAUUUAUGCUGGCUAGCAGAUCAAGAGGAAAUCUUUCAUCAUCAGCUCCUACUCAUCUUGGACUUGAACAAAUAUGGCAGCGUAGAGAACCUCGACAACAUUUAUUAUCCACUGGAUCAUUAGUAGAAGCAGGUUCUACUUCCUCUCUUUCAACUGGAGGUGUUUUGAGUCCAGAAGCUUAUGAUUUUUCUUUGGAUGAAGCCAUCGAUGAUUCUGAUGACGAUACAGAACAAGAAGAAGACUAUUCAUCUGAUAAUGACUCAGGGGAUAGUGAUUGUGGUGGAACAUCUGCUAAAUCAUCUUCGCAUAAGGAUAGAUUUUUUUGGCAGUACAAUGUUCAGUCUAAGGGUCCUAAAGGUCAAAGAUUAGUUUUAAAAUGUAAACUAGAGGAUCCACAUUGUUUAAAUGAGGUUACGGAUCCAGUAUUCAGUCCAAAUUGCUCAAUACAAGGAAUUAAACAUAGUGGUAAAGCAAGGAAGGGCGAUGGUAAUGAUUUAACACCAAAUCCCAAAAAAUUACAGUCAAUUGGUAGAGAAUUGGAUAAAUUGAACAGAAGUAUAACUGAAAUGACACCAGUCAGCGAGUUGCCAUUUAAUGUUAGACCAAAUACACGUAAAGAAAAGAACAAAUUAGCAUCCAGAGCAUGCCGGUUGAAGAAAAAAGCUCAACAUGAAGCGAACAAAAUUAAACUUUUUGGAUUAGAAACUGAACAUAGGCGUUUGAUCAAUGCUAUAGCUCAAGUGAAACAGAUGUUAGUCACUAGAACAACGAGUGACUCAUUUCCAAAGGAAAGUCAAGAAUUAACAAAUGCCAGUGAAAAAAUUGCAAAAAAUGCUACCAGAUUAAAAGUAGCCGGGCAAACUACAGAAUUUGUGAACAAAGUUCUGGAGAAAACCAAAUGGUGCACGGCGGGGUGGCUUGGACGAGCUAUAGUUGCCAAAAAUCAAGUACCAUUAAUUAAACUAGUCUUUAUGUGAGUUUUUAAGUUAAGAUAUUAUUUAAGAUGAUCGCCAAUAUACUCUUAUUAUGAUUAAGUUGACCACCAAAGGAGUCAUUAAUGUUAUUAUUGCAACUGUUGUUUUUAUUUUUAAUACUAUUGAUUAAUGAUUAUACAUUUAUCAGUCAAUUAUAAAAUCCUACUACUUCCCAGAAAGUAUGUUAAUUUGUUCAAUAUUAACAGUAUCAUAACUGAUACUUUAAUUCUUAAUGACUUGAUUUAUCCUUAUAAAAUGUAACUGUUAUGUGUUUUAUCGAAAUAAU